GGGAUGCCGGGGCUGAGAACUCCAACCUUUGGAGAAGGAAGAUGCUCCAGACCAGUAACUACAGCCUGGUGCUGUUCCUGCAGUUCCUCCUGCUUUUCUAUGACCUUUUUGUCAACUCCUUCUCAGAGCUGCUGCGCAUGGCCCCCGCUGUCCAGCUCGUCCUCUUCAUCAUCCAGGACAUUGCUAUUCUCUUCAACGUCAUCAUCAUCUUCCUCAUGUUCUUCAACACCUUCGUUUUCCAGGCUGGUUUGGUCAACCUUCUUUUCCACAAGUUCAAAGGGACCAUCCUGCUGUCAGCAGCUUACCUGGCACUCAGCAUCUCCUUCCACGUCUGGGUCAUGAACCUGCGCUGGAGGGACUCGGGCCGCUUCGUCUGGACUGAAGGGCUCCAGACACUCUUUGUUUUCCAACGGCUGG